AUGGAGGGUCUGGGGAGCCUACUAUCCACUGGUUCAGACAAGAACCUUGUAAAAGGACUGCUCGAUGGCACUGGUCUCUCUGCUCUCCAGCAGCCUCUGAAUGAUGUGACCGACAAAGUCAGAGACCUCAAAGAGUCUGCUCGGGGUGUGCUGAACAGCGCCCUGCCGGCAGGCAUCGGCAAUGGACUCUCAGACCUGCUGAAAAAUGCUGACCUGGAACAGCUCUUGCUGGGAUUACAUGUUGAAAAAGUGACUGUGGAGAGCAUGAAGUCAACCAUGACAGGUGACGAGAUCCACGUCCAAGCCAUGACUACCAUCUUCAUAGGAGGAAACGGCCUCUUGGGACCUGUCCUCAGCCUGGUGGGAUUUAACGUGCAUGGGGAUGCGGCUCUGAAGAUUGGCCUUUCCACAAAUGACACCCACUGUGUCAAACUCCAGGUCCAGGAAAAAGCCUUCGAGGUUAAGAAAGUGACUCUUCAACUAAUACAGACGGUCACGGAUAUUUUGCCUUUGUCUCUCCCUUUACCCUUGGAUGACAUUGUUCUUCAACUGUUGACAGUAAAAAUAAGUAAAAAUAUGGAAGAACCAAACUCCUGUGACAUUGUUCUCAGUGACAGCAGCGACUGCAAGAAUUCUACGGGCUUGUUCACAUACUCCUUUGAAAGUUCCAGAAUGUCCCCCCAGGGUCUUUCAACAUUCUACUGUGCUGAAGCCCACUUUAACAAAAAUGCAGUUGCUGUGCCUGGAAGUUCUCUCUCUUCAGUUACUAAAAAUGCCAGCAUUUCUCUAAUUCUAUCCCACAUGAUGCUCAAGGCCAUCAUCACUGACACUGCCAAGCAGAGCUCUGUGCAGAGAAAUAACCUGGAUGCAAGAAUCACCAAACUAACCUACUCCCACCAGCCAGCCAAUCAAAUCCAAGCCAGCUACUGGGUUAACAUCGCCAAGGAUGGUGAGCGCCCUGUCACCGGGAAAACGGACUUAAUCAUCUCAUUGGUGUGCAAGAUUUCAAAAGACAAACUGAUCACAGACAUCAGACUUCUGAGCUCUGAACAUAGUACAACACCCCCCGAUGCUAUUGACCAGGUACAAGGAGAGAUGGCUGAGGUUCUGAAGAAGUUCUGGUCUGGCCUUACUGAAUAUGUUAAACAAUGGAAUAUACCACCACCAGUAAUCUCAAACCUUCUAGACAACGUCAAUUUUGAAGUGCUUAAGUCGAAGGACCUUCAGGCAGCAAAGUGAACCUAGCUUACCAGAAGCCAAGCAAUGU